CGUCCUACCCGGCCCCGCCACCGCAUCCCGCGUCCUUCGAUUACCACCCCUCCUCUAAUCAAUCCCCGUCGCCUUGUCGCCUCCCCAACCCACUCGACUCGACUCGACUCGCUGCCUCGCUCUCCUCCACAUGCCGCCGCGUCUUCUCCCUCUCCUCCUCCUCGCCAUCGCCGGCGCGGCCGCGCUCGCGCAUGGCCGCAUCAUCUCCGACGACGGAACCCUCCCGGGGACCGCCCUGCGUCUCCCUUCGGAGUCCGCGGCGGCGGCGGCGGCGGAUGAGGAGUGCGAGAUGACGUACGGGUUCCUGCCGUGCACGAGUAAGGCGGGCGGGAACCUGUUCCUCGCCCUGGCCUACGGGUUCCUCAUGUUCAAGGCCGCCACCUACCUCUCCGCCGGCAGCGAGCUGCUGCUCGAGAUCCUCGGCCCCGGCAUCGUCGGCGGGCUCUUCCUACCUAUCCUCGGCGCGCUACCCGACGCAAUGCUCAUCCUCGUUUCUGGGCUCUCUGGCACUAAAGAGGUUGCUCAAAGUCAGGUUUUGAUUGGAAUGGGCCUGCUGGCAGGGUCGACAGUCAUGCUUUUGACCCUACUCUGGGGAUCUUGUGUUGUUGUUGGCAAAUGUGAUUUGUCGGAGAAUUCAACUGCAAUUGAUUCCCGAGAUACGAAACGCUUCAGUCUUUUUGGCUCUGGUGUUUCUACUGAUUUGCCAACCAGCUAUGCAGCAAGAAUCAUGGCGAUAUCUGUUCUUCCCUUUAUCAUUGUUCAGAUACCCAAAAUUUUUAAGCUCCAUUCAGGUCAUCGUUUCACACUCCUGCUUGGACUUAUUGCUGCAGCUCUACUUGUGCUUGCCUAUUGCCUAUAUCAGAUCUUUCAGCCAUGGAUCCAGAGGAGAAGAUUAGAGUAUGCAAGACUAAAGCAUGUAAUGUCUGGAUUUCUAAGACAUGCUCAGAUGCAUGCUUUUGGUCACCUUCUUUAUGAUGAUGGAACACCAAAUGUUCCUCUGAUAGAAAAGUUAUUCCAUAAGAUUGAUCUGGACAAUGAUGGAAGGAUAGAACGUGGAGAACUACAAGCUUUCAUUAUUGGUGUUAAGUUUGAAGAUGUUGACUUGGAUAGUAACCUAGCCAUAGACCAAGUUAUGGCAGACUUUGAUACAUCACAAAACUCUAUCAUUGAAAAGGGGGAGUUUGUUAAUGGAAUCUUGAGAUGGCUGGAAGAAGCUAAACAUGCUGUUGUUGCUUCUGGUGCCUACUCGAAAAAGUUUUUGCAUGAUUUUCAUAAGAAAACAGGGGAUGAACAUAAUUUGCUACUUGAUAAGGAUGAUGAGGAUGGUGAGGCUAUUGAAAAUCCAACCUGGACCUGCUUUAAGGCCAUUUUGCUUUUGCUUCUGGGAACUGCAAUGGCAGCAGCAUUUGCAGAUCCACUUGUUGAUGCUGUGCACAAUUUUUCAAAUGCUACAAGUAUUCCUUCCUUUUUCAUUUCCUUCAUUGCGAUGCCCUUGGCUACUAAUUCCAGCGAGGCUGUCUCAGCAAUUAUAUUUGCUAGCCGAAAGAAGCAGCGCACUCUGUCACUAACAUUCUCUGAGAUCUACGGUGCGGUGACUAUGAACAACACGCUCUGCUUGGCCGUGUUCUUGGCGCUCAUUUACAUGAGAGGUUUAACGUGGGAUUUCUCUGCAGAGGUCCUGGUCAUCUUCCUUGUCUGCAUCAUAAUGGGCCUCUUCACCAGCUUCCGGACCAAGUUCCCACUCUGGACAUGUUUCGUGGCCUAUUUAUUGUAUCCGUUGUCGCUGAUCAUCGUCUACGUUCUUGACUUCAAGCUUGGCUGGUCGUAGAUUCGAAUCCGGAUAUGCCAAGUAACCAACACGUAUAAUAGAGCUAUUCCAUAGCUGUGGACAACUCAUCUGGUUCUUGUAAAUCUCAUCUGAUAACAGAUAUACAUAUAAUGCUACUCCAUAAUCUCCAAUGUAUAAAGUACAACCUGUUCUAAUGUGGGGUCCACAAUGAUUUAAUUUUACUUGCAAAAAUUGCUACAAUGUAUAGAACCUACCUUGGUUCUAAACUGUAUCCCACAUUAUUGCCAUAUGUGAGAGAGGAAGAGAGAAGAGAGAGUAUACUAUUUUCUUA